AUCGCGUAUAUAUUUUUUCUUCUACAGUUUUUUUAACAUGCUUCGUGCUAGCACCAUCACCAAGAGCCUGCGUCGCGCGUACCACAGCGGCAUCCGCGUGCCGCAGCUAGCAACCUUCAAGCUGCCAGAGAUCGCCAACGAGCCGACACUGAACUACCCCCCCGGCAGCCGCGAGCAGGAGGAGCUGAUGGCGGCGGUGGAGGAGCUCGGCUCCAAGACGCACCAUGUGCCACUGAUCAUCAACGGCAAGGAGGUGCGGACGGGCAAUGUGUCUGAGCAGCGGAACCCUGGGCAGAAGUCGCAGGUGCUGUGCACAUACGAGAACGCUGGGCCGGCGGAGAUCGAGCAGGCAAUCGAGGGCAGCCUGAUCGCCAAGAGCAAGUGGGAGGCGAUGCCAAUCUACGACCGGCAGGCAAUCUUCCUGCGGGCAGCGGACCUGCUGGCGGGCAAGCACCGGUACAAGGUCAUGGCGUCGGCGAUGCUGGGGCAGGGCAAGAACAUCUGGCAGGCGGAGAUCGACGCAGCCACGGAGGCAGUGGACUUUUUGCGGUUCAACGUCAAGUACGCCGACGAGAUCUACAAGGUGCAGCCGCCGUGCAACGCCAAGAACCAGUGGAACCGCGUGGAGUACCGGCCGCUGGAGGGCUUCGUGUAUGCCGUGUCGCCGUUCAACUUCACCGCGAUCGGCGUCAACCUGGCAGCGGCUCCGGCGCUGAUGGGUAACGCAGUGCUGUGGAAGCCGUCGAACGGCGCAGUGCUGUCGAACUACCUGGCGAACGAGGUGAUGCGCGAGGCCGGCGUUCCCGACGGCGUGAUCCAGUUUGUGCCCGGCGACGCAGUGGAGAUGACCAAGCAGGUGUUUGCUCACCCAGAAUUCGCGUCGCUGCACUUCACCGGCAGCACGCACGUGUUCAAGCAGAUGUGGAAGCAGAUUGCGCAGAACAUUGACGUGUACAAGAGCUACCCGCGCAUUGUCGGCGAGACCGGCGGCAAGAACUACCACCUGGUGCAUCCGUCGGCCGACGUGGCCAGCGCCGUCAACAACACCAUCCGCGGAGCCUUCGAGUUCCAGGGCCAGAAGUGCUCGGCGUGCUCGCGGCUGUACGUGCCUGAGAGCCUGUGGCCUGCGUUCCGCGAGCAGCUGGUGCGCGGCGUCGAGUCGAUCAAGCAGGGCCCGGUCAGCGACCCCACCAACUUCAUGGGUCCCGUGAUCAACCAGGCCGCCUUCGACAAGAUCACAAACUACAUUGAGUAUGCCCGCAACGACGAGCACUGCGAGAUCAUUGCCGGUGGCAAGUACAGCGACGCCGAGGGCUUCUACAUCCGCCCGACCGUGAUCGAGACCCGUGAUCCGCUGACCAAGACCAUGAAGGAGGAGAUCUUCGGUCCGGUGCUGACCGCCUACGUCUACCCGGACGCCGACUUCGACAAGACCAUCGACCUGGUUGGUGCCACCACCCCGUACGGGCUCACCGGCGCCAUCUUCGCCCAGGACCGCCAGGCUGUGGCCCACGCCAGCGCCCGCCUGCUGCACACUGCAGGCAACUUCUAUGUCAACGACAAGUGCACUGGCGCCGUCGUCGGCCAGCAGCCGUUUGGCGGCUCGCGUGCCUCCGGAACCAACGACAAGCCCGGCAGCGCCAACCUGCUGCACCGCUUCCUGUCGCCGCGCUCCGUCAAGGAGACCAUGGUGCCCACCACUGGUUUUACCUACCCGUCGAACCAGUGAGCAAGCAAGCGGGUUUGCCAUAGUCCACACCCUCCCCACCAAAUAAAUAUAUUUUUGCCACUUGCCA